UGUUCCCUGUUGUAUGCAACAUGUAAUUGAGCUUUUGUUAACUGCACUCCGUGUCAUGAAAUUCAGUGUCUGGUUUCUCUUGUUUACUGCACUCAGCCACACUCUGCACGGUUCAGCAAGGACAGGUACGAUACAUCCGCUGACGAAUGCUUGUAAGUUACUUCCACCCGUGUUCCAGGUGAAAAGAAGAAUAGAAAAAGUGUUGCAAGAGCUUCCAAGUACAGAAUCACUCCUUUUACCGGAGCAGAAGGACCAUCUUGGACGGGAGUGCAGGAAUCAGUUGCAUGCUCUCUUCGCUGGUCUUCGCACGGAUCACAAGUGUUUGGAAGAUUGGGGCUUCCUACGGCUUGGACUGACGGCAGAAUCCACUGGCGUAAAGUUGCAUCACGCAAAUGCAGUGGUUUCAUCACAGGAGCUCCAGAACCAUCCUCUGUCUUCAUCAGCCUCAAGCAGCAUAUGGAGCCAAUCAGUCUUCUCACUUGUGACACUGGGCAAGCUGCUUGAGUCCCCGAGGAGAAGGAAAUAUCCGCAUUCCCCAUUGAAGAAAGAAUACUCAGCAAGGAGUCCAAGAUCUUCAACUAUCAACGUAACUUUUCAGAAAUGUGCAGAGGUGAAUGGAAGAACAUUGACUGUGAGACUGAUUAUAAGCAAUUUGGAUGUUCAGUCUGCAUCUAACGUCUCUCAGCUGACUAUCCAGGAUUCUAUUAGUGUUCUCAGCAUUCUGAGUAAUGUUGGAAAUGAAACCGCAAUGGGGUUCCAGACAUACACCAAAGGAUCUCUCCAAGCAGGUGAACACUACAUAAUAAACUAUACCGCAGUAUUAAAGGCUGGUGAACCAGGGGAAGAGAAGAAUAUUUCACUACCAGCUUACCUCACCAUUGGUAGUAGAACACAGGGUAGUCAAAUACAGUCUGGACCCCUUAAGGCAGAUUUCAUAUUGAUGAUGAAAGCAGCUGCUCAGGUUUCUCCAGAUCAUGGCAUCCACUUUGCUGCAUUUAUUACUGCGUUCGUUGUUUCUUUUGUCCUGGUGUGUUUAAUUCUCAUCACCAUUUUCCAUGUCAGAAGGAUAACUGGCAGGAAUCCUUCUCUCCAGCCGGUAAGAAGAGAACGUUCAAAUGCUAGUUCCUUAGUAACUGAUGAUGGGGCAGAAUGCUUGAAAGAAAAUAUUCUACAUCAGGACAGAGUGAUUGACAUUUUGCUACUUGAAGACCCAGAAAACAUGACUCGUGCCUUGGAUGACUUGCAUUUAUUGAAUGCAGUACGAUUGGAUACCUAUCUUGAAUAUCAUAGAAAAAAAAUGAACUUGAAUGCAGUUCUGUUGUUGCUCAAGAAGUUCAAGCACAGCAAAGACCUUUCACCACUUUCAGAGGAAAGAUUCAGCAUGGUUUUCAGAGAACGGUUUGAAGAGGCGGAGAGCAGGCUGAAUACAGAGCAUAAAGAGAUGUUAGCCAUAUUAGCAGCUGCAAGUGUCCAAGAGGCCAGGCAUAAAAUGGAGGAUCUUUAUAGGAAACAGGAACAAGAGGACAAAGAAGCUGAGCUGCUCAUGCAGAAUGUGGAUGAUGAGAUUGCCACUCAGUGGAGGAAGGAUCUGGAACAAUUGCACAUGUUGCAGCAGCAGCAUUUGAAGUCUUCGCUCUGGGUGACACACGAAGAAGCUUCUGCACAAGCCCAAAGGGAACUGAUGGUACGCCUGAGGCAGGAAGUCCAGAAAAAUAUUUAUGACCAGCUGAAGGAGCUCAUCAGGCUGGAGGAAUUAGAUCCAACUUCAAGCAGACAAAUUAUGCAAGAAAGUUGGCACAUUCAGUUUCAGCUGGAGAUGCUGAUGGACCAUCAGCUGGCAUUCCAGAGAAAACUGCUUGAAGAGAGUCUAGCUAUUAAGAGAGAUCUAGCGAAAAGAAUACAACGCAGUGUUGACAACAGAAGGUAUCUGCUGAACACAGCCGCUCUGCACAUUGCCGACUUCAUCAGACUGGUAAAAAAUGCUGGGUAUUUGACAGAAGGUCAAGUGAAGUCACUGUUGGAGAUGGUGCACCAAGAAAUUCUGGUUGUGAAGCUCAGGCUGGAUGAAGUCAUGAAUGAAGAGAAAAAUCUAAUGCACAGCAAGCUGGUCAGUGAGAGAAGGAAGCACAUAGUCAGAAAAAUUGGUGAACAUGAACAUCAAGGAAAGGAGCUAGCAUCUCUUCUCGCUAUCUCUGGUGAAAAAAGACCCUGUUAUAACAAAUAUCUCAUGGAUUGGCAUGAACUAUUAAAGAAACAAGCCACAGAAUUAGGAGAAUUGGUGGAGAAAUUGGACAAAGAUGCAUUCAACCAACUGGAAAUGCUCAGGGAACAACUUACCAAAGAUGCUUUACUGAGGAUUAAAAAAAUCUACUCUGAACUUAUCCAGGAAUUGCUCAAACUUGGAGUCUCAAAUGACUACUUAAAACAAAUGGCUGACAAUCAGGACAAGGAAACAAAUGUUCUGCAUGAAAAGCAAAUGAGACAAGAGGAGAAGGAAAAUCAUGAUGCUGAUGAAUCUCUGGAAAAGGUUAGGGAGGAAUUAUCAAAUCAGCUUCAUUCAGAGAUUGAAGAACAGAAAUUCUUAAGGCUUCAGAAGUAUUCAAUCUGGCAAGACUUAAUGAAGAGCACCCUAGUCCUAUCGGAGGAGGAAAUUCAGCAAAUGAUGCAGAGCUUUCUCGCUGCUUUCUGUCAAAUGGAUAAGAGCCUGGCUCCCCCUAAGCUGUGUGAAAGGUGCGUUCUUCAAACCCAUGUGACUGACCAGAGGAAGGCAAAGAUGGAAAAGCUGGAGUUACGGUGGAGAAAACAGGACAAAUUAAAGGCCAAGGAGUAUGGACGUGAUGAUGAGGCGAAGGUGGUGGUAUGGCAGGAGCGUACAAGACGUAAAUUGAAACUGUAUGAUGAAGAAGCAGAAAGAGCUGCUGAGGCAAUCGAUAAGAUUACAGCGGUAGAGCAGUCAUGCCUGAGGGGAUGUCACUGCCCUACAGCAAGAAAAGCUGAUGAUGGCUGUGGUAGGAUUGGUUGCCUGAAGUUCUAUCAGACAUCCACAUCAGAAGACUCAAUUCAGGUUUGUGCUAAGAUGUUUCAUCAGAGAGCUAAUCAGAUGAAGGUUCUGGAAGAAAAAUUAGGAGUCUGCAUGGCGUCAAUUCAGCUCAGCCGAGCUGAAAGGCGAGUGAGAGCCCUAGAGAUUCACACUGCAACUCUCAACCUGCAAACGCAGCUCUUGGAAGAAAUGGCCAAGGCGGGGUUAAAGUGCGAAGCAGCAUGCACUGAAGUUGUUCAGGAGCACAUUUCUGAUCUAGAGCAACUUAUCUGCUUGCAUUCAGAUAAGCUACAGCAUGAACUUCAUGCUGGGUGUGAAGAAACUGAAUGGAACAGCUGGGUUGAGAUGCAGAGCAACCCUCUCACUGAAAAAGAUACAGCAGAGUGCAGUAAUCAGAUGUUAAUCAGCCUAUACCAGGCAAUGUCCAAGUGUAACGACACAGUAGAAGCAGAGUCUCAAAGAUUAAGAAAUGAAGAUAGAAAUAGUCAAUUACUAGAAGAUGUCAAGGGACAGCUAGUGGCGAAGACACUGCUGAAUCUCCAAGAUCAGGAGAUGAAGCUGGCUGCUUAUCUAAUACAGCAACUGGGUAUACCAGUGGGUGUCUGUCAAGCCGUGCUAAAUCUGCUUCUUCCCAAUGCCAUCCAGGAAGAAUUAGUUCUGUUUGUAAAUAGGAUCUAUCCUGAGGGAAAUGUUAGCAGUGGGAUGAACAAGGAUAAAAUGGAUGAGAAGAGAAAGAGGAAACUUUGGGAAUCAUUGGAACUAAACCUGAGGAGCAAGCUCAUUGGUGAAAACCUGGGGAAGAUGAAUGUUCCCUACGGCAGGACAGGAAGCAUAUUGAAGAAAAAACGUUUGCAGCUCUUGAAACAGGUGUCUUUUUCUCAAAGCCAUGGUUCUUCUGAAAUCCGCCCUGAUGAGGAUCCUGAACUAAUUAAUGAAAGAGCAGGACAAAUGUUAAAGAUGGCGGAUACAGGGGAGAAAGUAUUUGUGUUCCGGAUCAAGAAGGAAGAUCCUUGUUCCUCAGACCUUCCAUCAAGGAAGAAAAAACGGAACUUCUUAAAUUUUAAAAGGUCAGCUGUAGCAAAUUUGGAUGGACUUUAAAUUACUUAAUUCAAGAUCAUUAUUACUUUGGAACCUAUAUUUAAACGAGUGAACCAUCUAACUUCUAUGAUAGUGAAGCAGCGUUUAAAGUAGUCUGACAGUGAUGCAGGUAUAUUUGCAUAACUAGUUUGUAAUACAGACGUGGGCAUUUUGAUCAUUUUUUUGCACUUACCUCCCACCUCCCAAGCCAUUAAGCUCCUAUGCUUGUGUGUUGCUUGAAAUUCCAGCAUCUGCAGAUUUCCUCAUGUUUGCAUUUUUAAGCUCCUAUGCUUGGCCAUUUUGUAUCGUGUAUUCGUUUCUUAACACUGAGGAUGAAUCCUAAUGUCCCUCUUUAAUAGGUUUACUAAAUCAAAUCCUAAUUAGAAUAAGUCAUUAGUUUCAGACUAAGCGUGCUCAUGGGUUUUAUUUUGUGACAAUAUUAUGAACAAUUGAUAUAAAGGAAAAAUAUCUUUACUCCUCUUUUUGUUUCCACUUUAGAGUGAUAGAAAAUGAGAUUAGUGCUGAAUACAAAUAAAUUGUCUACAUAAUUUCUACUAAUCAUAUUGCCAUUUUGCUUAUCCUUUUGCAAGUUUUUCAAAUUUGACUUUUUCUUUGAGAGUCAAGAAAGCUAAGAAAGCAAAAUGCACCAAUGAGAUUGCAUAAAAUAUUUUUAUAUCUUGUUUGAUAAAUCUAAAUCUCAAAUGUAAAAUAUAUACAGUUUGUGAAAGUUCAAAAUAUGUUGUAAUGUGAUUAUUUUUCAGUGUUCAAUGAAUAUCUCUUACCAUUUCUGGUUUCCAAACUAACAAUCUUACAAAAGUCAUAAUCUUUAGAUCUGCAUAUGCAUAUAAAACUAUGUGGAACACAGAAAGAAUGAAUGCACUCAGUAUUUUACUCAAGAGUUGAGGAAUGAAGGAAUAGAUUUUAAGUAAGGGUUGGGGGGGGCGCGAAGAUUUAAUAGGAACUUGAGGGCCAACCUUUUUUUUAUUCAAAGGGCGGUAUGUACGGUAUAUAUAACAAUCUGCCAGAAGAUGUAAUUGAUACAGAAACAAUAACAAUUUUUAAACGACAGUUGGAUGGAUACAUUGACCGGAAAGGUUUAGAAGGUUAUGGGCCUAACACAUGUAAAUAGAACUUGCUUGGAUGGUGCAUUUUGCUCAGCAUGGACCAUGUUGGCCCAAGUGCCUGUUUCUGUGACAUAUGACUCAAUAACUCUUUCUCUUUUUUUUCCAUUGAACAAGAGCCCAUUUGACGUGCACAGGUCUCCACUGAUGUACCAGAGCACAUAUUGUUCUCUUUGCUCCAUCAUUCAUUAAAGACUUUCACACACACAUUUCAACCAGGCUCUUCAACAAUACUGAAAUCGGUAUAAUCUAUCAAUCUAUAGAAGGAAGAAACAGUCCCAACCUGAAACAUUGACAGCUUAUUUCUCUCCGCAGAUGGUGCCCGACCUGCUGAGCUCCUCCAGUAUUUUGUGUGUAUUGCUCAAGAUUUCCAGCAUCUGCUGCAUCUCUUGUGCUUUUAGACAAAUAUUUGAAUUAGUAAGGCAUAGAAGGCUUUGAACCAAGUACUAGUAAAUCGACUGAGUGCAGAUGGGUAGUUGGGUGGUUGUCGUGGAAAAAAGGGCUGUAUUGACUUACAGAGAAAUCAGUGGAUUUUAAUGAAACUUUUCAUUAAUAUUCACACAUCCAUGGAAAGAUUAAGUUUGAAUCCUGUUAGGUUAAUAGAAGACAUAAUUUUUAACACUUAAAUUGUUAUGGUAUAAUAUCAAUUCAUGAGUCAAAAAUUUGACACUUUACCUAAUGUGUGCAGUUAAUGGUCAAACAAGCAAAGAAACCCACUUUUCAUUUGAAAUGAAUUUAAGGAAUA